UAGUGCUUCAUGGUCUCUGGGGUUUUGAGUUCCUGUCUCUGGGGUGUGGUCUCAAGGUCUUCCUCCUGCUAAAAGUGAGCACAGACAGACUUUACAAGAGGAUCAUCUGAAAUAAACAGCGACUGUCCAUCUCUGUGCAAAGGAAAAUGUAGCUGCCUGUUGAGGAAGUCACUGAAGCCGGUGGUGGGGCCUGCCUGACAUGGCCAGCAUGCUGGAAUUGAUUCUUCUCAUGGCUCCCUGUGGGUACCUGGAUGAAGAAAGUAAGGCCCACAGAGUUCUGUGAGACCAUAAAAAGGGAUUGGGAUGUCCAUUCUGGGGAUAUUCUGGACUUUCUCUUCAGUAGUUAAGAUAGUGAUAAUUCUUCUUUUGCUAAAAGUGCUGACAUCAGUGAAUAACUUGACAAUCACUCAGAGCCCUUCUGAGCUGCAGCUACUGGUAGGACAGUCUGCUGAAAUAAUCUGUUCCUGGAAUGUCAGUUCUGAGGUGGAACAGUUUCGAGUACAAUGGAAGAAAGUCAGCCACGUCCAAGACAGUGUUACCCAUCCAACAAAAGCCCUCAAAGACAAUGCUACCCUCAUUAAGAAGAACUUGUACAACAGAAGCGGUUUCACCCAAGGAACUGGGAAGGAACCCCUGGAACUAAAAAACCUGCAAGUACAUGACUCUGGACUUUAUUUAUGUAAAAUAACAGUUGACAUUCCUAUAUAUAAGCACGCACAAGGACCUGGGACUCUUCUUACUGUGAAAGAAAAGAAUAAAAAAAAACAAUGGCCCUGGUGGACUUUGGUGAUCUUUCUUCUCCUAACAUUCAGUGCCUGCUUGAGCUAUUAUUUCAAGAAGCGAAAGAAUUCAAAAAGAAUUGAGCCAAACAGAGCUGACCAGGAGGAAAAAGAAGACACUGAGUAUAUUGAAAUGAAAAGAAAAACUAAGGAAAAUGGAAGAACCCCAUCUAAUACAACAGAAUGGGCUGUUUCUGUCCUUUAUGAAUCAAUGACCUCUUUUGCUAAAAAGCCAGGUGAACAGAUAGAUGAUGACAUCUACACUUGUCUCUGCUCAGACCCAUUACAAGUGCUGAGCCCAGGGCCAUCAGCCAUUGUACUCACAGACAGUACCGGUGCUCCAGAAACUCCCAGCGACAUACCUGGGAAGGGAAGAAACCUAGAUCUUGGAUACAGACAGAUUGAGUUCUCUUCAGAAGGUACCAACUUGACCCGAACCACCACCAAAACAACGCAUGAGCAAACUGGUCUCAGAGGAAGCCAAGAUUUGAAGACCUGGGACAUCACCUAAUUGGUCCAACCUCUCCAUUUUGCAAAUAAGAAAACGGAGGUCUAGAGAGAGAAAAUGACUUUCUUCACGUCCUGUGGAUUCAAGAUCAGAACCCAAGUUCCCUUUCAAAAGCUAUGAAUUCUGACUUGAAUAGAUACUAGAUUUUGUCCUUCCCCUGGUGAACUGGAGCGUCUGGGGAGAUCCUUUGAACUGAAGGUACCCCUCAGGAGUGGUCAGAGCCCACAGCUACUUCACCUUCAGCUGAGCUAGGGAUUGAGAUAAAGCCAUGGAUAGGGACUAAACCUAUUAUUUUAUUCUACAGAGAAACCCCAGGUGAGGAAAUUCCCUCUGCUAAUGCAAGUGAGCAUCUUCUCUGAACCUCAUCUCAGUGAGUUGCCUAGAGCACUGAAACUUACCCAGGGUCACAAUGUGGGAGGCAGAAUUUGGACUCAGAUCUUCCUGGCUUUCUAUCCACUAUGCUAUGGAUAUUCCCCAUUAAAUGAUAUUGUCUGGUCACCUGCCUCCUUAGUUGAUUCUUCAUCAUGCCUUAGUUUUGUUCUCUUUGGCUCUUGAGCAAAAGCCUUUUAAGGCUUACUGUUGCAUUCCUUCUUGAUCCAUAGGCUGUUACCUCAGUUGAUUUGACAUUUCUGCCUUUACUCACUGGCCAUUUUUUCUGAUUUUACCAUGUGGGCUCCUAGGCUCUCUCCCUCCUGGGUAGGUACCCACUUUUGGUAUCCACCCUGGGUAGGUCCUCUACCCUCUGUUGUUCACUUGAUGACUGCUGAUUAGCCAGUGAUCUGAUACACUCACUAAUCUCCUAUGGUCUGCUGCUACCCCUCACCUCCAGUUAAUACAUUUAAUUAGCACAGUUAGUAUAGCGUGGGAAAAGUCACCAGAAUUCAUAAAACAGACACCAAACUCAUAGAAUUUCAGAACCAGAGGAAUCCUUAGAGGUCAGUGAAAUCCACCUGUAUCUGAGUAGGCAAUCCAUCUAUGACAUCUUAAAUAAAUAGUCAUCAAGGCUUUGCUGGAAGACUUGUAGCGAGAGGGGUUCAAUUACCUCCAGAAGAAAGUGGAGAAGAGGAAAGACCUUAGUGACACAUUUAAAAUGCUUCAAUAUUUCAAAAGGCCCAUGAUUUCAUUUGUGUAAGUAUUUACUCCAUAAAUUGCAGCCCCUCUGCCCUAGAGAAGGGGAUCUUUAUAAACUGGUCAGACCAGAAAUCUUUAUCAGCCAGUAUCCAACCUUGGGUGGUGAGUCUUUCUGCUGUUAGCUAAAGGCUCCCCCGUCCUCAUCCUCAGCCCCUAGUUGGGAAUAGCCUAGGUUCCUAUGAGCCUCACUUAGCUCUUCAUUUGCACUUCUGUCCUCCACUGUGCCCAAGUUUCACUUCCUAUAUGAAGCCUUUCCUGAUUCCCCCCAGCUGCUGGCGAUCUUCCCCUCCACUUUAUCUUCUCUCUAUUUUAUAUAUAAUCAUAUGUAUUCCCAUUGUCUCCUUCUGCCACACACCCCACGCUAACCCCCAAAUUGUAAGCUCCUCAAGGGCAGGGACUACUUUUGUUACCCCCAGGGCCUGGUACACACUUAAUAAAUUCUUA